CUGACAUCACGGCGGGUGCCGGAGCAGCCGGGGGCCAGCAGCCCCACCGCCACGGGCACUGCGCACCCGCAGCCCCCCGAAACCGCCGCUCCCCGGCACCGGCACCUCCGGCCAGGAUGGCUCCUCGGAUCUAGCCAGAGAGGCCAGAGCAGUGCUGGAGAUCCCUGUCCAAGUGAUGGUGGGACCGGGAUAGAGGAGCUGCCGUGAGGAUGUCUGAAGCCAAGACCCUGAGCUCAUCUUGCCUCGUGCUUUUCUUGCUCUCCUUGCACUGGGCUUCGCUCCAGCUGGGCCAGGCUUUUCCCAGCACCUCUGACUACCUCCAGCGGGGCUGGCAGCGGUUGCUGGAGGAAGGGGAGGGCUGUGCGGAGUGCCGGCCGGAGGAGUGCCCAGCGCCACGCGGAUGCCUGGCUGGCACAGUGCGGGACGCCUGCGACUGCUGCUGGGAGUGUGCCAACCUGGAGGGACAGAUCUGUGACCUGGACAACACCAACCAUUUCUACGGCAAGUGCGGGGAGCACCUGGAGUGCCGGCUGGAUGCCGGGGACCUGCGGCACGGAGAGGUGCCCGAGCCCCAGUGUGCCUGCCUCUCCCACCUGGCCCUCUGUGGCUCCGAUGGCAAAACCUACGCCCAGAUCUGCAGGUUCCUGGAGGUCGCCCGUGCCCACCCUGAUGCCAACCUCACCGUGACCCAUGAGGGUCCCUGCGAGUCAGAGCCCCAGAUCACCUCUCCUCCCUAUGACACAUGGAACGUCACCGGGCAGGAUGUCAUCUUCGGCUGUGAGGUCUUUGCCUACCCCAUGGCAUCCAUCGAGUGGAGGAAGGAUGGCACAGAGAUGCUGCUGCCUGGAGAUGACCCCCACAUCUCUGUCCAGUUCAGAGGUGGCCCCCAGAAAUAUGAAGUGACGGGCUGGCUCCAGAUCCAGGGCGUGCGGGUGACGGAUGAAGGCACCUACCGCUGCUUCGCCAGGAACAAGGUCGGGGAGGUGGUGGCGUUAGCAAGCCUGACUGUCUUCACGCCAGACCAGCUCAACCUGACGGGCUUUUCCCUGCCGAAGCCCCGCGCAACACCUGAGGACUACGGGGAGAGCGAGGAGGACUAUUACUAGCCUGGAGAUGGGAUGUCCAGCUGCAGAGAUCACCUGCUCACAGUGACUGUCCGCGGGGGUCAGGGACAUCUCAGGAACAGGCACCCCUCAGCCCAAAACUACUUCUCUGAACAGUCCUGGUACAGCAGCCUCUUUUUUGGGGUGGGGAACAGGGUGACACAUCCCUUUGCUGGGGGUGCUCAGGGAGGGGACACUGGCUGGUUGGUGUUGCAGGGCUGGGACUGGGGGUGGCUCUGCCUGGGGCAGGGGGGGUCUGUCCUCCAGCACUGAGCGAGGAUGGGGUGGCAGAUGGGAGACUGGGGGGGGACAGUCACACUGGACUUGGUGCUGGGGGUGGAGGCAGCCUCGCCUGGGAGAGGGAUGUCAGGGCAGGGUCACCUCUGCCCUGUGCAAGGCAUUUCAGGGAAGCCAGAGUGGAGGACUGGGACCUGGCUGUGACACCCAGUGUGUCACCCCCAGGGCCAAUCUGUGUCCCCCAAGCACAGGGACAGCCAGGCUUCUCCCCAGGACUCAGGGAACCUGCUGCCAAAACAUCCUUCUCUUCUGUUUUGUUUUUAACUAGAAAAGUAAUGAUUUGAGGAAACCAGACACUUGUGGUUUUCAGUGCUGUCUUUUCUCCAGUCCAACCCCCAUGUGGUCAGAAACACUUUGGCCUUUUUCAACUGACUUUGUGCUUUCCCUUCCACACAGCUCUUUACUUUGCCCUUUCAGUUAAUUUUAGUUAAAAUAUACACAUAGGUCGAAGCUGACAUAGACCAGUUGACUGUCCUGCAAGCACAAGGAUUGUUCUGGGGGUGAGGGAAGGUGCAAAGACCAUGGAUGCUACCUUGUUCAUUGUGGAGGUGCUUAGGUUGAGGAGCCCUCCUGCCCAUCCCAGGUCCUGGUGUGGGUCCUGCCCUUCUCACCCCACAUGGGGAUGGGGGUCCCCAGCAGACCAUCCCCUGUGCAGUGGGGAUGCAUUAAACUGGCCCAUUGCACCCCCAUCAGUUUGGAUCCCAUCCUACCUCUGCCCACCUUCAUCUUGUAGUCCUGUGUCCUGUGACACCGGGGUCUCCACCCAGGUGACCACAGCCCUGACAGCGUGGAGUGGGCAGAGCAGCUCUGUACUUGGCUGGGGAGAGACAGGGAGGCUCCUGUUUCUACUGGAAAUGCUCCAUAUUUUAAGAAAAUAAACAAACAAACAAAAACCA